UGCCUUUGCAUUCCCAGAUUCCCAGAUUCUCUUGCCCUCCUCGUGUGGUUUUAGAUUGUUUCUUUCGUCUCUUUCUUUCUCUUAUUCGUUCCACUGUUUAUCCCCAACUCUUUUAUACCCCUGUAACUCUCUGUUUCGAAGUUUUUUUUUUUUUUUUUUUUUUUUUUCGAAAAUAAGCUUCUAUGGGGGGAGGCAACGGCCAGAAGUCCAGGAUGGCCCGAGAGAAGCACUCGGAGAAAAUGAAGGCCCCUAAAGGAAGCCAGCUAGAGUCCAACAAAAAAGCGAUGACGAUCCAGUGCAAGGUAUGCAUGCAAACUUUCAUCUGCACCACGUCAGAGGUCAAGUGCAGGGAACAUGCAGAGGCGAAACAUCCCAAGUCUGAUAUUUAUACGUGUUUUCCCCAUCUCAAGAAAUGAAAAUAGUUUGUAAGAACUGGAAAGAACUUAUAGAAAUGGUUAGAAAAACCUCGUUAAAUUGUCUGAUUUGAAAUUUUAAUCAGAUUCCCAAGGGAUCCAUCUAGAUUAGCAAGUUACUCACUUGAGACUUUGUGGAAUGGGACUAUACACGUAAAUGAUCUCCCAUCCUUAUAUCCUUAUAAUUCCCCUUUUAUGACUAUAAUUUUAAUUGUUAUAUGAUACCCUGUGAAGUGACCUUAUCUAGAAAUGUGAUUAAAUGUUGCUCUUUAA